CAAAAAGUAGUGGGAAGCCGUCUUAGAAUUUUAGGGCUUUCACUUUUCAUAGUUUAAGCCUUUAAGAUGAAGCCCGGCCCAGGUAAGAUGCGCUCCUAGUCCUCGUGGGGCCCAGAGAGCGAAGUUUGAUAUUUGACUGCAUACCUUUGAGAUCGAAAAUCGGAGCGUCUGUGGGAGCCGUUUGGCAUCGGAGGGCCAAGAUUAGACCAAAUUUGCAACGUCUACCUUUUCUCCAACGGUCAAAAAUCUCAUAAAACCUAUACAGAAUCCCCUUAUCGAUGUGUUACUCUAAAUUGUUUCCUUCUUUGAUUCUUUCUCGUCACUCAAAGAAAACCUUUCUAAGAAUAUAAACCGCGAUUUAAGAAUACAAACAACAGUCUUGAUCUCUCCAAAACACCGUCCUAAAUUUUUCGUAGACCCAGUGAAGGAAAGGAAAAUGAGUAUUCUUCAAUACCCAGAUGCAGUGAGUGCAUCAGAGCUUCAGGUAUGGAACAACGCUGCGUUCGACGACGGAGAUUCAGAAGACUUGACCCCAACUAAAGCUUCUUGGUCGAAUCUGAAAGCUUCUUAUGUGAAUCGGUCGCUCGAAUCUGAUUGUAGAAAAGAGAAUCAGAGUCCUGUCUUGGUAAAAUCUCCUGUUCCUCUCAAAUCGUCAAUACCCGUAAAGCCCCUUAACUCAAACAAUGUCAUAGGAAAUUCGCAAGGGAAGCCGCCGAAGGUUUCUCUCAAGCAGGGUUUUCUUGAACCCUUAUCAGAAUUGAAUACUGGAAUUGAAGAAGAAGAGAAAAAUCGCGAUGAACAGAAGAUUGACAUGGAGAUCGAAGAAAUUCAGAAGGAAAUCAAUCGGUUAUUAUCGAAACUUGAAGCGCUUCGACUUGAAAAGGCUGAGAGCAAAUUGAAAACGAUUGAGAGGCGGGGAAGAAUAGUGCCAGCAAAAUUCAUGGAACAGAAACAGGGUGUCAAGAAAGAUUCAGCGAAAAAGAUUGACGACUCUCUCGUAUCAGGUACAAGAGCAAAUCUUAAUCGCAGAGGGGUCAGCUUGGGGCCAGCAGAGAUAGUCGCUGGAGCAAGAUCUCGGUUACAGGGUAAGCACGAAAUCACCCCUGUUCAGCCAAUACAGAGUCGGCGCAAAUCUUGUUUCUGGAAGCUUCAAGAAAUCGACGAAACAAAGGUAACAAAAGAGAGAGGAAAAAGCUCGAGUUUAAGUCCAAAAUCAGGAAAGACUGUAUCAAAGAUUCAGACACAAAGACAAGCUGCGACUACAGUUGGGUCUAAGAAGACUGUGAAGAAAGAAGACGGGAUUCUCGCAACAAUUCAACCAAAGAAGCUAUUUAGAGAGGUAGACAAGACAGCAUCAACCAAGAAACCAUUGAAACCCGGAAGGGUUGUAGCGAGCCGGUAUAGUCAGAUAUCAAAUCAGCUGAAUGGGAGUGUCACAGUGAGUGAUGUUAGAAAGAGGUCUUUGCCUGAGAAUGACAAGGAGGAUGUGCAAAGGUGCGACAAGAGACGCGUCUCACGUGGGAAUGCAGUGAUGCAGAAAACUGAUACUAGAGUGAAGAAGAGGUGGGAGAUUCCAAAUGAGUUGGUGGUGUACAAGAGUGUUGCAGAGGAUGAGGAACCUCCACAAUCCUUUUCGGCAAUGCGACAGGAGCAGCUGCCAAGGAUCAGGAUAGCCCGGCGUGUCAAUGAGAGUCCAAGAGAUUCUGGUGCUGCAAAAAAGGUUGUCGAAUUGGUUGGGAGGAGAUCAUACUUUGCCCCUGAGGAGGAGGUGGCAGGAGCCUUUGUUUGUCAGGCAUUGACAUUUAAAGAAGAGGACCCAGAUGAAGAAGAAGCACACUUAAUUUUGUGAAAAAAAAUUGAGCUCUGAAUCUGCUGAGCUUUGUAUUUAUAAUCCAUAAGUCUUGUUAUGGAGUAAGGUUGGAUUUGUUUUGUCCUAAUGGGUUUGUAAGUUUCUGGUCAAGUAUUUUAUGUUCUAUUAUGAAAUAAUGGGAUAAGCUUUCAUCUUUCCGUAUGUUCA